CUCCUCGCGUGCUGCGGGGCAGCAGGCCGCCAGGCUGCUGUCCGUGCGCCUGGCCGCGCGUGGCCGAGGCCGAGAGGCGGCUGGCGCCGCCCGGCAGCGUCCGGGCGCCCUCGACAGCUUCUUGGAGGCCAAGAGGGCGCACCGCUCCCCGCUGACGUCCGUCUUCACCCUCGGCGGCGCCGUGGGCGCCGUGGCCGGGGCGGCGGGCCGGGGGCGGCGGCCGUCCGCGGGCGGCGGCGGCGGCGGCCAGAAGAGGAGCCGCUGCAGCGCGGUGGCGGUGGAGGAGGCGGGCUCCGCCGUGGCGGUCGAGAGCAGCCUGGGGCCCGACGGCCGUUUCCAGGGGCCGUUCGUUCCCGCGCCCGACCCCCCGUACCUGGGCGACCGGCUGAAGGUAUGGGAACGACUUGCUGAAAAGAAGCGGGCUGAAUCAGAUGCCAGACCGAAGGAGCCCAUCAAGAUUGAACUCCCCGACGGCUCGGUCAGAGAAGGCUUGAGCUGGGCCACCACGCCGAUGGAGAUUGCAGAGAGCAUCUCCAAGCGCCUGGCUGCCGACUCAGUCGUGGCCCUCGUGGAGUACAGCGAUCCAAGUCUUGCGGUCGCCUUCGCCGACGUUGACCAGGACGUGGACGACUCUGACGACGAGGAGGAGGCCGUCAGCGCUCAGCUCUGGGACCUCAGCCGGCCCCUCGAGGGCGACUGCCGCCUGGAGCUCGUGAAGUUCGACGACCCCCGCGGCCAGUCCGUGUUCUGGCACUCCUCGUCGCACGUGAUGGGCUCCGCGCUGGAGCGCGAGUUCGGCGGCCACCUGACCUGCGGGCCAGACGUGGACGGGGGAUACUAUUACGACGUCUUUCUGGGGGACGAGCGGCUUUCGGAGGCCGACUACGAGAGGAUCGAGAAGAGGAUGCAGACCGUCCGCCAGGAGGACGCGCCCUUCGAGCGGCUGGUCCUCACCAAGGCGGAGGCGCUGGAGCUGUUCGCCGGGAACCCGUUCAAGGUGGACUUGAUCAGGCGAAAGAUCACAGACGACACGCUGACGACGGCGUACCGGUGCGGCCCGCUCAUCGACCUGUGCCGCGGGCCCCACGUCCCGUCCACGGGCCGCAUUAAGGCCUUCCAGGUGACGAAGACGUCGUCCUCCUACUACUGCGCCUCCGCCGAGAAGGACAGCCUGCAGCGGGUCUACGGCGUGUCCUUCCCCAGCGACAAGCAGCUCAAGCAGCACAUGCGGCGCCUGGAGGAGGCCAAGGAGCGCGACCACCGGCUGAUCGGGAAGAAGCAGGAGCUCUUCUUCUUCGACGCCGUGACCUCCCCAGGCUCGUGCUUCUGGACGAGCUACGGGGCGCGCCUCUACAACCGCCUCCAGGAGCUGAUGCGGGUCGAGUACCGCUCGCGCGGCUUCGAGGAGGUCAUCACGCCGAACAUAUACUCGGCCGACCUCUUCAAACGAUCUGGACACUACCAGAAUUAUCGAGACGACAUGUACGGCUUCAAGGUCGAGGGGCAGGAGUGGUUCCUGAAGCCGAUGAACUGCCCUGGCCACUGCAUCAUGUUCGGCAGCCGGCCCCGCUCCUACCGCGAGCUGCCCAUCCGCCUGGCCUCCUUCGGCGUGCUGCACCGGAACGAGCUCAGCGGCACUCUCUCGGGCCUGACGCGGGUGCGCCGGUUCCAGCAGGACGACGCCCACAUCUUCUGCACGGAGGGCCAGAUCAAGAGCGAGGUCGCCGCGGCCCUCGACUUCGUCUUCGACAUCUACGAGCUCUUCGGCUUCGAGUUCACGCUCGCCCUGAGCACCAGGCCCAAGAAGGCGCUGGGCGCCCUGGAGAUGUGGGAGCGCGCGGAGGAGCAACUGCGACAGGCCCUGGAGGAGACGGGCAAGCCGUGGAGCCUGAAGAAGGGGGACGGGGCGUUCUACGGCCCCAAGAUAGACAUCCAGCUCAAGGACGCGCUCGGCAGGGGCCACCAGUGCGGGACGGUGCAGCUCGACUUCCAGCUGCCCCUCCGGUUCAACCUCCGCUUCCAGUCGGAGAGGGGCGAGGCGGCGGCAGAGCCGGAGGCGGAGGCCGCGAAGGAGGCCGCUAAGGAGGGCGAGGCCGGCGCGGAGGCCCUGCCGCUGGGCUACGAGCGCCCCGUCAUCUUGCACAGGGCCAUCUUGGGCUCUGUGGAGCGCAUGCUUGGCGUUCUCUGCGAGCACUAUGGGGGCAAGUGGCCGUUCUGGCUCUCGCCGCGGCAGUGCACCGUCGUGCCCGUGUCCGCGGACGCCUUCGAGUACGCCACGUUCGUGAAGGAGCAGCUGCACAACCGUGGCUUCCACUCGGAGGUGAACCUCUCCCCCGCCACAAUGAAUAAGAAGAUCAGGGAGGCGCAGCUGGCUGGAUUUAACUACAUCCUGGUGGUGGGCAAGGAGGAGGAGGAGAGCCUGUCGGCCAAUGUCCGGGUGCGCGGUGAGAAGAAGCCCGUGGGCACGAAGUCGCUUUCCGAGCUCAUGGACGAGCUCGAUCUCGAGAACACCCCGUGGAAGGGGAGAAGCAAGGGGGGGCGCGACUUGGUCUUCAAACGCAGUUCGCCCGUUGAGGAUGCAUCGCCUGUUGAGGAUGCAUAGGUGGGGCCACACCUGGGUUUGCAGCCGCCGGGCCGCAGAACAAGAUGGAGCUCACUCCUGACGCCAUGUUUUUUGGCGUCGAGCGCAGCGCUCGCGUGUCACCCGAGAUUUUCGGAGCGAUUGUUUGCUCCAGCACGGGGCCAGUCAUUGGCUCAGAGAUUUUCUUAUUCUCAGUGAAUUUAUCGCCAUUGGCAGCGCAGCUAGCGCCUGCCCGACGCACGUCACAGGCUGAGGUUCCGUGCGAGCCUGCUCGCAGGUGCGUCGGCCCGCACGGCAGGUUUCGUCGCGGUGAAGAAGGUGAAGUAGCAUUACUCUUCAACAAUGAA